AUGAAAUCCAAUAUACUCUAAGGUAUAGGAUCAAAUACUUACUAUCAGAAUUGGAAAGAAGAUAAAGAUUAUGAGGCUCAUAUUAAAAGACUUAAAUAAAUUAAUGAUAAAUAAAUUGAUGUUGCAAGAAAAUAUUCAAAUUUAGAUAAACUUAUAGAUUAUUCUCAUAAAAAAAGAGAGCUAAUCAAAGAUUUUAACAGGAGAGAGUACAUCUUCAACUUGGGAUAAGAAAAUAAUAGAAUUAAGAAACGACUAGAGGAAAUAUCUACAAGCUAAAGUAAGGAUAAUAAGCAUGCCUAAGACCAUAAUAAAUUUUCUUAAACUCUAUAUAAUAAUAAUAAAAUAAUAAUUUAAAGAUAAAAAAAUGAUCACAACAAGCAGCUAGAAGUAGAAAAUUUUUAACUUGCUUCUAGGAUAAUGAACUUGAAAAGUUAAAUGUAUAAAAGUUUAGGAAAAGAGAUAGGAGCUUGA